GAAAGUCUUUUAGGCUCGAUCCUGCACACGCAUCUAAACCCACGUAGCAACAAAGGAAGAGCCGCGCACGCACAGCGCGAGAGCUCGCUUCUUUGAAAAUUGAAACUUCGUGGAAUCGAUCAUACAACGUUUGUUUGCUGAUACCACACCUUGUAGGGUGAUAGAUAGAGUGGGAGAGUGGGUGAGAGAGGAAAAGUAGACGCAAUGAAGGGACCGAAAAGGCCAAUCCACGCCGUGGCGACAUGGGUUCGCAGACAGCCGCCCAAGGUCAAGGUGUUUCUUGCGCUUGUAUCGGCCUUGGCCGCUCUCGUUCUCCUGCGACUGGUCGUUCACGAUCAUGACAACUUUUUCGUCGCAGCCGAGGCCGUUCACGCCCUUGGCGUUUCCGUCCUUAUCUACAAGCUCACCAAGGAGAAGACCUGUGCUGGGCUUUCACUCAAAUCACAGGAACUAACAGCCCUGUUUCUGGCGGUUAGACUCUAUUGCAGUUUUGUCAUGGAAUUUGAUUUACACACAGUACUUGAUUCAGCAACACUGGUGACAACUCUUUGGGUGAUCUAUAUGAUUCGUUUGAAUUUGAAGUCUAGUUACAUGGAGGAGAAGGACAACCUCAAAAUUUACCAUGUGGUGAUACCUUGUUCUGUGCUAUCAUUUAUAAUCCAUCCUACAACGCAGCAUCAUAUCUUGAACAGGAUUUUCUGGGCCUUCUGUGUUUAUCUUGAAGCUGUUUCAGUGCUACCCCAGCUGCGGGUAAUGCAGAACACAAAGAUUGUGGAACCAUUCACUGCACAUUAUGUAUUUGCACUGGGGGUUGCAAGGUUCUUGAGUUGUGCACAUUGGCUUCUCCAGGUAUGGGAUACUCGAGGCCGCUUACUGACAGCUUUGGGUUAUGGUUUAUGGCCUCCAAUGGUUCUCCUCUGUGAAAUUGUGCAGACCUUCAUUCUUGCAGAUUUUUGCUACUACUAUGUUCAAAGCAUUCUCGGCGGACAACUUGUUCUGCGACUCCCCUCAGGAGUGGUGUAAAUUUUGGGAUGAUGCCUCAAUUUUGCAGUAUACAUCUAGUUAAGCAAGUCAACUAUUAUAUAUUGUUAGGGUUAGUAUUUAGCAGUUGUGAACUUUGGACAGAUUCUUCUUGACAUGAUGCAUGUUUUAGAAGCUAUCCUCAAUUUGUUAGGUCCGAACUUUUUGCAAGCCCCUGGUGUGUAAAAGCUCUGAAUUUGCACUUGGAUUAAUUUUAUAAAUGUAGAACUGUUCUUGUAUCCUGUCUUUAUGGAGAAAAUAAAUUAUACACACAUUUUUUCACAAAA